AUGGGGCUCUCCGAUAUUUUCUCCGAUAUCGUCUCCUCCCUAGGCUUCGCCGAGGCCCAAGCUGAGGCUCCUGUUGAGGAAGUCGAGACCAGCCCUGCGGAAGAGGACACCGAGAAGACAACUUCUGGCGAAGAAGUGACCGAGGAGUCUCCCGCUGAGCCCGAGGAGGAGGAAGAGGCUGAACCCGAGGAAGAGGAAGAAGAGGAAGAGGAAGAGGAAGAAGAGGCCGAGGACAUCAAGCCCAAGUUGGAAGAGGAAUGCGCCAACUCUUUUGUGUGCGCCCCCUUCAAGCACCACUUCGAUGAGUGCGUUGAGCGUGUGACCCGGCAGCAGGAGGAAGAAGGGAGCGCAAAGGAGGACUGUGUCGAGGAGUUCUUCCACCUCACACACUGUGCUACCCAGUGUGCCGCUCCCAAGCUCUGGAGCUCCCUCAAAUAA